AUGCCGCCAAAAGACCGUGCAAGAAGACAGGUAGAUAAAAAUAGGAUAGAUGAGAGUAACUUAACUCGUCUAUUACAAGACUCGCUUCUUGAGGAAACUAUAUCAACGUUGGAGUACGCAACCCGUGCAAAGAGAAUAACAAAUGUGCCGGUUGCACAAAUCAAUAUUGAAAAAAAGGCCUCGGAUGUGGAGGAGCUUCUGAAGGAGAAGCUAAAGGUGGCGGAGGAGGAAAUAUCCUCCUUAAAGAGAAAGUUGGAGGAGUUGGAGGAGGGGUUGUUGGCGGUGAUGAAAAAAAUAAAAAAUUAA